ACGGCGUUUGCGCAACAGAUGCUUGACGUAUUACGUCAGGAAUGUGACUUAUUCGUUACGGAAAUGUGGUGACAAGCCUAAUAUUUCACAUAAAUUUACCAAGAAACGGAUGAGAAAAAUCGACUUUGGUGGAACGGUUACUGUUCAGAUGAAGACGACUUGCCUGGCUCAACCUUUGUGUCAUCACCCUUUGUUGCCAUGGCAACGGUCUACCGUCCCAUAUUCCUGCUCCUCCUUUUCCUGUCCUCCUUCACCUUGUUGCUUGUGACCUUCCUACCAUCGCUUCCCCAUUUGCCCUCCUCUCUUUCCUCAACUUGGCCCUCACCAUCCUGUGGUCCUGGUCAGUCCUGGGCUGUUCAGCUCCACAAAGGCCCAUAUCAGCACGAUGACCAAUACAGCUCUGUGCACCUGGAUGUCAUAGCAAGCAAGGUAGCUGAACAGGCAGGCCUGCAGAAUCGGGGCCAGAUUGGACAGCUGGACGGCCACUACCUGCUGUGCUCCGCAGGGCCUGAUGCAACAUCUGUGGGAAGUAUUUGGAGAAAAAGUGUCCAACCAGCAGAGGUUCUAGCAAACCACCCCCAUGUUCUGUGGUACUCCCAGGAGAGUUUGCUCAGCCGCUCAAAGAGGUCAUUGGCCUUCAAUGACCCACGCUACUCAAGACAGUGGCACUUGCACAAUCAUGUCAAAAUUGGUAUGGAUAUCAAUGUAACAGGAGUGUGGGAGCGUAACAUUACUGGACGAGGAGUCACUGUGGUGGUGGUGGAUGACGGGGUGGAGCACACCCACCAGGAUAUUCACUCAAACUAUAGUCCCGAGGGCAGCUACGACCUGAAUUCGAAUGAUCCAGAUCCUAUGCCUCACCCAGACGUGAACAGCGACAACCACCACGGAACACGAUGUGCUGGGGAGAUCGCAGCUGUUCCCAACAACAGUGUGUGUGCCGUGGGCGUGGCGUACGGCAGCAAGGUUGCAGGUAUCAGAGUACUGGAUGGCCCUUUGACAGACAGCCUAGAGGCCAUAGCUUUCAACAAGCACUACCAGAUCAAUGACAUAUACAGCUGCAGUUGGGGUCCUGAUGACGAUGGACGCACUGUAGAUGGACCUCAUCCCCUGGGCAAGGCAGCACUGCAGCAUGGGGUAAUUGCAGGCAGACGAGGUUUUGGCAGCAUCUUUGUGGUUGCCAGUGGGAAUGGAGGUCAGUACAAUGACAACUGCAACUACGAUGGCUACGCCAACUCCAUCUACACUGUCACAAUUGGAGCAGUUGAUGAGAACGGCAGGAUGCCCUUCUAUGCUGAGGAGUGCGCCUCUAUGCUGGCUGUCACUUUCAGCAGUGGUGAAAAGAAGCUAAGGAGUAUUGUGACAUCAGACUGGUCCAUGCAGCAGGGGACAGGCUGCACAGAGGGCCAUUCUGGCACGUCAGCCGCAGCCCCACUGGCUGCAGGAAUGGUGGCUCUCAUGCUGCAGGUCCGGCCGUGCCUGACUUGGAGGGAUGUGCAGCACAUCAUUGCUUAUACUGCCACCAAGUGCGACAACAACGCUGACUGGACGGUGAAUGGAGCUGGUUUCCAUCACAGCCACCAGCAUGGCUUUGGACUGCUCAAUGCAUGGAGGCUAGUCAACGUUGCUAAGGUGUGGGAGACAGUGCCGUUCCUAGUGUCCUUUCAGAGCCCAGUAAAUGAUAAGCAAACAGCCAUCCCAAAAAAAGAGCAGUUGAGCUACACCUGGAAAGUCUCUGCUGAAGACCUGAAGCAGUCUGGGAUGAAAACACUGGAACAUGUAGCAGUUACUGUGACGAUAAACCACCCUUGCCGUGGCAACGUGGAGAUUGUCUUAGUCUGCCCCAGUGGUAUGACGUCAAUCAUCGGAGCCCGCCGGGUCAUCGACAGCGAUCCUGCAGGUUAUCAAGAUUGGACUUUCUCCACCGUGCGUUGCUGGGGAGAAAGAGCUGAAGGCCAAUACACACUCACCAUAUCGGACCACAAAGAGGCAUCAUCUGAGCAGUGUGCUGCAAUAGGGGUGUUAAAGCAGUGGAAGCUGACCCUGUAUGGUUCCUCUAUGACUUUCAGCGAGGUCAAAGACAGACAGAAGCUGGUGGAGGAGGCCAUGAGUGGCCAGUAUCUGGACAGCAACUUCUCCUUACCCUGCCCCCCUGGCCUGGAUAUCCCUCCAGAGGUCAUCAGCCCAUUCACGUCCAACAAUCUAAAGUUUUUGCUGUUGCUGGGCUGCUUCGCUCUGUUCUGGUCCCUCUACUAUAUACUGGAUGUCACUCUGGACCAUCGGAACCUCAGGUGCCUUUUCUGUCUGCGCAGACAGCGAAGAGGUCAUCAGGCCCGCAGGUCUCGUCAAGGGAAAGGGGUGGAGGAGGCGUUGCUAGAGGAAGAUGCGUGGGACUCAAAAGUCGAGUUGAAUGCUGUGUUUGAGUCCAAAGUGCCGCUUAUCAACGGAGAGCAAUAAAAUAGCACUGUCUAAAAUGUCUGCCCUCAGGCCCCCACCUCCAAUCUAAUUAACCAGCCUUUUACACUGCUUCUGAUCGAACAGUACCCACGCUGAUACUGUAGGGGCACAGAGCAGAGUUUUGGGUCUCUUUGUCUUUUGGAUAAUGGUCAAACAUGUGGCCUUGUUUGAGAAUCUUGGUGUAUGCUUGUGUGUGUGCAUGUGUGUGUGAGAGUGUGUGUGUGUUGUCAGAGGCAACAAUUGUCAUUAGACUUAUGUUUAAAAUUAUAGUAAGGAUGAGAACUGGAGAGGGACUUAAUACCUCGGUUAAAUUGCAUGUUUGCAUGUAAUUUAGGUGCAUACAGGCUUUUCUGUAUGCACCCACAGAACAAAUGAAGUACUCUUAAAGGUACAAAAAAGAUCUUGAUGUGCACUGUGGUUUGAAUGUAUGAUUGUCGGGGUAUGGGUGUUUUUACUUGUUUGGAGUUGCUUUUAUUAUGCAAGGUCUUCCAUGAAGAAGUGUCCUUUAAAAUAUGGUAUAAGACAAUGGGGUUUCUAAGCUUGAAUUUCUGCUGGUGGUACGCGUGAGUUCAACCAUCUACUGGUAUAAACUUGAAAUGGGUUUUCAAGUGUGGGAUUUGUACAUGUAUUUUUAUUAAGUCAAAUACACACAGUGUGUGCCUGCUUUACAGAUAUAUGCCAACUGUGUCUAAUGAUUUGUAUAACAUGUUUUUCAGAAUUAAAGAGUUCUAAUGUUUUUAUUUUAAAAGAGAGUGAGGUGAAAUUGGAAGCUGUGUUUGCUGUGCAAGCCACAGGUUAUCAGAAUGAUAAUAAAAGGGUUUGGUGCAAUA